AUAACCGAGAGUGAGUCGACGCGCCACAUUGGCGCGUAGGAAAGGGAGUGGCUAUUCCUCCAAAAGGGGGCAAAGCGCAUUCGUUCGUCACCGUUCACUCUCGCGAGCACCCAUCUGAUCCAUCACCCAACACAACCAACUUUGCCUUUGCCGGUGACGGAAUUUAAAAUCACCCGCCUGUGUUCUAUCUACCAUCAAUUUCGCUGAGUUUCGCGUUAACCCUUUUUGGAUAAAGGGUUGUGACAUAUCUCUGGACCUAUACUACAAACAAAGGCAUUGAAUAUUUAUCUUAUAUGAACUUUGAGAUUGAUGACAACUUGUCUGGUUUGGGCAUCAAGAACGAAAAACAGCCUUUGUAGAAUUUUGCUGGAAAGUAAUGGAAGCACGCCCUGCUUUCUCUGUUGAAAGAUCAAGUGCAAAGCAACUCAAUAACAUGGGGUCUGAAGCACUGCCUUCAUCCAUGCCUGUCCUCCCAAAGCCUCUAGAAGAGACCUGCCCCAAAUUAUCUGAUUCUCAGCUAGCUUUUAUGGAGAAAGAGCUUAAAACAAGACCUUUCACUCAUUCAAGUAAUUUAAAUUCCAGCGGAGCAGUUGGGCAUUUGUUCUCAUCUUCCCCAGGAUAUUCAACUGAUCUUCAUCACUCAUCCUUUUCACCUCAUGAAAAACACAGUAGAAGUACUCAUUUUAUUUCACAGUCAUUGAGUAACAUGGCCUCAUUGCCCUUAUCUUAUUCUUCAAAUAGUGGAGCAAUACCUUCUACAGCAUCAACCCCUUAUUCCAAUGGAAACAGUGUUUCCUGGCAUACAGAUUCCCUGCCUAGCUUUCUUGAUUUCCCUGGUAAUACCUCCAUUGAUAAUAGUCAAGUAGAGAGCAGCGCCUGCAAUAUUAUGGCAACUGAAGAGUAUUCUAAGCGAAGUGAUUGGCAGGAGUGGGCUGACCAGCUAAUCAGUGAUGAUGAUCCUUUGACUUCUAAUUGGAAUGAUCUUCUUUCUGACAACAUUCAAGAUCUUGAACCAAAGGUCUCAAAAUCGUCUUCACAACUGCCAACAGGACAUCAAUCCCAAGGCCAUCAACAACUUCCUACUUCAUCUGGAGAAAAUCGUGUGGGUGCUGCCCCAUCUUCGUCAGCAAAUUCUGCUCCUGCCAAACCACGGAUGCGCUGGACACCUGAGCUUCAUGAGGCAUUUGUGGAGGCUGUCAAUCAACUUGGUGGGAGUGAAAGAGCUACCCCUAAGGGUGUACUGAAGCUCAUGAAAGUUGAAGGAUUAACUAUAUAUCAUGUUAAAAGCCACUUACAGAAAUACAGGACAGCUAGAUUUAGACCAGAAUCAUCUGAAGGAACUGCAGAGAAAAAACUAAAUCCCAUUGAAGAAAUGUCAUCUUUAGAUUUGAAAACUGGUAUUGAGAUCACUGAAGCUCUGCGACUGCAGAUGGAAGUUCAGAAACGGUUGCAUGAACAGCUUGAGAUUCAAAGAAAUCUCCAGUUGCGAAUAGAAGAACAAGGAAGGUACCUUCAGAUGAUGUUUGAGAAGCAGUGUAAAUCUGGCAUUGAAACAUUUAAGGCAUCAUCUUCUGCCAUUGACAGUCCAUCUGCAGUGUCUUCUGAUGCCAUGAAAGAUUCACCCGCCAAAACAGAAUUAGAUGCCUCCAAAGUGGACCAUUAUAAGCCAGGAUCUGACCAAGCUAAUGACAGUAUCACGGUUGAGGAAACCUCACAGGAAGUGGGUGGGAAGCAGUAUGCUCCCAAAAGUCAAGCUUCUGAGAAUCCUAAGCAACAUGCUAGUGAAGAUAGUCCUCAAGCCCCAAAGCGUGCAAGGACAGACGAGUAAGCCAUAUGAUCAGCUGAAUCAGCAUUGAACUGACAAGACAAUACUGAUUCAUUUAAGGUUUUUAUUUUAGUAAGGAAGACUUGGUAGAUUGAUCAAUGUCUAGAGCUCCACAACUUAUGAGUUCCUCCUGUCCUAUUGUGUUCAAUGAGGACUUGCUUGUGUACCUUUCAUUUAGCUACAAAUGAUGAGUCAAAAGUUUUGAUCAUGAAGUUCUUCAAACAUCAUAUUCAGCAUCCUGGUUAGGAUGAGAUUCUAGUGUACAGUACAGAUAAUGGCUACCUCUCAAAUCAUAAGUGAGGAAUUAGGACAGCAUCUUACAUAUUUCCAUCCAAAUUUCCAUGUUGGUAUGGGCCAUAUCUUCAAUAUGAACUGUUUAUUUUAACUGUACCGAAAUAAUAUAAAAAAGGGUACAAUUCUAGGUCUUAAGUUCGUUCAUAGGACGUAUUUGCAAGUGGGCCUAGUAAUGAUAUUAUGGCCACUAUUUCUAUUUCCACAAAAGAGUGUUUUUGUUUCACUUGGAAUAGAGUUAAAUGUAAGUUUUAGCUAAAAGAUAUAUAUAUAUAUAUAACCCGUUAGAU